UGUGAAACGUCAACAAAUACAGGAAGAUUACAAGGCUAUCGGGCUAAUGUUGGAGCAUGCGUUGCAACUGGUCGGAGAUACUCUCGUACUUUUACAGAGGAUGCUUUCGAGCUCGGAGCCCCCUGUCGACUACGCUGAGUAGCAUGGACUGAAUAUCAAUAGAAUACCCUCUUUGGAGAAAGGAAUGGUAGAUGUCAUGAUGGUCGAGUCAUGCACAAGAAAUGUCGGCGCAGUAAAAGUAUUUUGGUGGCGUCUUUAUUUUGAUUCUUGUUCCUGCCAUUAGCCAGAAGCAAGCGCACAUCUCCAACUUGCUUUACAUCCCGCCAUGGCAGAUGUCCCUCAACAUUUGUCCGCUCUUUCAGAUAUUCUGGGCCCCGAUGUUGACCUUGCUACAUUGGAGAAAUUGCAUGUCAUUUCAAACGGAGACUUGAAUCGUGCUAUCAACCAUUUUUAUGAAGGCAGUUAUCAUACCGUUACCAAUCCAGGCGUACCAGCAAUAUCAUCCACAAUAUCAACAUCUAAAGCCCCGAAAAUAGUUUCUGCAAAUGGUGGCCUCGGGAGUAUUUAUAGAGAUGACCAGCCACGGAUUUCCAUUGUAGGAGCAAAGCGCAAGGCGCAGGACUCGUUUUUUCCUAAAUAUUUUGGUGAACUUACUGUUAUCGCUUACGCACUCGGUGGAAUGGUCAAGAUUGAAGCUGGAGAAGAAGUGCUCUUUGACAGAAAACGGCCCAACUCACAAGUGCAGCAUGGACGAAAGAAAAAAGGAUUAGGGUCUGUGUCCAUAGGCUGGGGUAGAACAGCUAAAGAAAACCAUGUUGUUCGCUUCACAAAGCAAAAUGGGUUUGAGAUCGGAAGAUUACAGGUCGAUACCUCGCGCUGGGUAUCGAAGCUUAUGGACUAUAAGCUUGCGGAAUUCCGUGGAACCAUCAUAUUGGCGCCACCGCAACUUCGAACUGGAGCUGAGAUCGUGUUGACGAUGCGAUGCUACUUGACAGCAGAAGCGUUCAGCUCUCUGGGAUCCAACCAAAAGCUUACACUAAAGUCGAAAUCUGGACAGCCCGUGUUUGUGAAUGAAGCCCAGGAGACAGAAGAUGAAGUUGAUUUGAAGCAAAAAAAAUACGCAGUCAAUGCUCUGUUCCGAGAAUUGGCAUUGACGCCUGUUGCCACCAAUACAUCAGUUGGUCCGCGGGACAGAGGUAUUGAUAUUCAUGAUGGCUCUACGACUGAGGGAUCUUUAGCAGCAUCGAAUGGUGAGGACAACGAAAAUGAACAGGAACCAGAAGUUUCAGACAAGGAAUUGGAUGUUCUUUAUGAAAAAGCCCAACAACAUGGACGAGCUUUCGAACCAAUGGAUCCACCAAAGACUAUGACGUACACCUUGAAGCCAUAUCAACGGGUUGCUCUUGCUUGGAUGUAUAACAAGGAAGUGCUAGAGACUGCUAGUGAUAAUCAUAAGGCACUUCACCCGCUUUGGGAGGAAUAUGAGUUCAAGAAAGAAGAUGGAUAUGAGCCAAAAUUAGAUGAACCCAAGAAAUAUUACUUCAAUCCAUACUCAGGCGAGAUGAGCUUGGAAUUCCCCACGAGUGAUAAACUCUGUCGUGGAGGAAUUUUGGCAGAUGAGAUGGGACUGGGGAAGACGAUUGAGAUCCUCAGUUUGGUUCACUCCAACCCCAUGAACAAAUCAAGCAUUGACACGCCCGAGGAAGCGUUCUCACGACUGUCGACCUCAACUUCAGCCUCUAAUUCUACUUCUACAGAUAAGCAGUCAUCACCUACAACAUUGGUUGUUUGUCCGAUGAGUUUACUUUCGCAAUGGAGAGAUGAGGCUAUCAAUUCCUCAGAUGGGUCACUAUCGGUUGAGGUAUACUACGGUGCAGCACGGGGUUGGACUGAUAGCUCAUUACAGCAGAAAGGUGCUCCUGAUAUUCUCAUAACCAGCUAUGGAACUGUCCUGUCCGAGUUUUCUUCUCUCUUGAACAACUCUGGCGCUGACACGUCCAAGAGCCUUACCAAUAUGCUCGAUAUCAAAGCUCAGAACAAUUGGAAGAAAGGAAGCGCAUUGUUCAAUGUCGAGUUUCAUAGAGUCGUUUUGGAUGAGGCGCAUCAUAUCAAGAGUAGGAUGACUCAGACAGCUAAGGCAUGCUAUGCACUCAACUCGCCUCGGCGAUGGGUUGUUACUGGAACGCCAAUUCAAAACAAACUAGAAGAUUUGUUUUCUUUGGUUCACUUUUUACGAGCAGAACCAUGGUCAAACUUUUCAUUUUGGCGUACGUUCAUUACUAUUCCCUUUGAAUCAAAAGACAAGGAUAAGGCACUGAAAGUCGUUACAUCUGUGCUGGAACCAUUGGUGUUGAGAAGAACAAAGAUGACAAAAGACGAGAAUGGAAACCCAAUCAUUACGCUGCCAGAGCGUAUUGUGGAAAUUGAAUACCUCAAAUUUUCUGAACAAGAAAACGAUAUUUACCAGGCGCUGUUUAAAGACGGCAAAACAAAAUUUAAUCAUUACUGCCGAGCUGGAACAGUAUUGAAGCACUAUGCAAGCAUCUUUCAGUUGCUUAUGAGAAUGCGACAAGUGUGUGAUCAUCCAAUGCUAGUAUUAAAUAAUCGGACAAAACAAACAGAAGGAAAAGAUUCUUCUGAACUUGCUCUUGACAUGAAAGAUGGUCCUAUUCAGCUAGAGGAACUGAUGAAGAAAUUUUCAAGUGGCGAAGGUGAUAACAGUGAACAAACUUUUGGAGCAAGCGUAUUGCAGAACUUGGUUUCUAGCACUGGAGAAGUAACAGAGUGCCCCAUCUGCUAUGAGGAGUUGGCGGAUGGCGUUCUAAUGCCUUGCAUGCAUUCAGCCUGCCGUAGUUGCAUAUUGGAUUACCUUCAACGUCUUGACAAUAAGGGAGAAAUGGGUGAGUGUCCGAUCUGUAGGAAGGGGCCAAUUACAGAAGACAGUUUGAUUGAAUACACUACCUUGAGCGUUUCUGAUAGUAUACCAUCAGAUGCCAAAGAGGAAGAAGAGAAGCGUAGUGGAUUUGUGGCUGGCAAUGUGCUUGAUGCUGGAGCUGAGACCAACGGUGGUCGGGUGGUUCAAAUUCGGCGCAAUAACUUCAAAUCGUCAGCCAAGCUCGAGGCUCUUAUGAAACAUCUUAAUGAGUUGCGGAAAACAGAGCCUAAAACUAAGUCUGUUGUCUUUUCUCAGUUCACGGGGAUGUUGGACCUUGUGGAGAAGAUUUUAGAACGGGAUGGGUUCCAGUUUUUAAGGCUUGAUGGAUCACAUAGUCAUGUAGCUCGUGAGCAGACAUUACAGGCCUUUCGGACAGUGGAUCACCCUGCGAGAGUGAUGCUGAUCAGUUUACGCGCCGGAGGCGUUGGAUUGAAUUUGACAACAGCUAGUCGAGUAUUCAUGUUGGAUCCUUGGUGGAACUAUGCGAUUGAGGCACAAGCCAUUGAUCGUGUCCAUCGCAUUGGACAGUUGAAACCAGUGAUAGUCAAGAGAUUUAUUAUUGAGAACUCUGUAGAGGAAAAGAUCCUAAGUAUUCAAAACCGCAAGAACGCAUUGGCGUCGGGCUUGGGCAUGACUAAAUUAGAAGCGCAAGGAGCCAGGAUGGAGGACCUGCAAGAGAUUUUCUCGUAAAAAAAUUGGACACGGGGCGUCACAUGGACAGGAAAACAAUGCAGUGCAUUGACCUACUCCAUUUUCCCUCUUUCUAUUUUAUUCAAUACACACCCCUUAUUUCAUUUGCAUCUGCACCAAUCAUCAAAUAAAAUUUGCAGAACAGUUGUAUCAUAUAUAUUUACAAG